CGCCGCCGCUUGUCAGCGUCCCCGUCUCGUUGGACUCUUCCGAAUCGUCCAACACGGAUGAAGAGGAGGUGGAGCUAGUGGUUUUGACCUCCCCAAAGCGCGAGAUCGACGAUAUAGGUCUGUCGGCCUUGACCUCGGAGUGCGGGCUCGACGAUAUAGACUUGGUGAACGGACCAAACCCCUGGCUUCCAGCCUACGGCUUCCAGUUACAGCAUCAUUCCCAUUUCCAGCCGCUCAUGGAGGAUAUACGAACUAAUGAUACGGUGCUAGCACAACAAGUAGAUUUUUUAGAGACAAUUCUAGAAGAGACAUCCGAUGAUCUUCAGAGUGACUCAGAUCGCAGUGGAACGACAUAUUGGUUGGGAUCUGAGUCGGAAACCGAAAGUGUGAUUCAUAUUAAAACGAAGCAAAAAUCUGCAGACGAACGACUGGACGGCAGCGGCAGCGAAUGCAACUCCGUGGUGCCGAAAAAACGGCGCCGUCGCGAUCAUCACCAGCAAACAACAACCUAUGACGAGUACUUGGCGUCACCGGAAGGUUCCACCACUUCCUCCAGGUCAAGCUCGUUGCUGCAAUUUGAAUCCUUGGAAAGGACAUGCGCCACUUUAUCGCCGUCCAGCUACAGUUUCGACUCCUUGGAGUACUCUAACCGAUCGAACGCUUCUCAUCCGGAGAACGAUUCACCCGACAGUCUGGAACAGGAUUACGGCAGGUUGCUGCCAAAUGGUUUCACUACCAGCUUGAUGCAUCAUUCUCCGAGAAUCAGGCCCUACCGCAGCUUCGAAAGCCUGAACACGUGCGAGAAAGACGAGCGUUUCGGUCAAUCGACCAUAUUGAACGGUUUCGCGCCUUUGUACUUGAAACGAGACGCUGAUUGUCCCUCGAAUAUCAGGAAAAUCUCUCAGUGUCCAAGAGAUUUCUGGCACGACGACCGGGAUGACGAAGACGACGAAGAGGAUGACGAUUUUGAACAGUACGAACGAAACGAGACGAACGAUUCCCGAUUGACGACCGUUUUCGAGGAUCAGUUGCUGCUGUACGGUGAAUCCGGCAAGUACGCAACAUCCUUGGACUAUCGGAACACAAUCGACCUGCGAGAAAUCGGCGUGGAGACGAAGAAGGACACACUAAUGGAGCUUAAGUCUGGUCAGAAAACAGCUAGGUUAAAUAUAGCUGGCGGUAGCGCGGAGCACCAUCAUCACCGUCAUCAUCAUCAUCAUCAUCAUCAUCAUCAUCAUCAUCCGCAUUCGCAGCAGCAACAGCAGCAGCUUUUUUUGUACCAACAGCAGUACGAUGAUCACGAUCACCAUCACCGCCGCUGCCAACAGCAGCAGCAUCAAGGGUGGAGCCACAAGGAGCGUUUUAAUUUUAGAUUCACGGACAAGUCACAGAGCGCGCCCAGUUUGCUCGGCGGUGUCGAAGAGUCGGCACGUAGUGACCCGGACUACUAUUCGCCGUCUCGUUUUCGCCUCUCGAGGACGACUUCUUACGUGUCGACGUCUUCUCUCUUCGAAAAUUACACGCGAGUAGCCAGUGUACCAGUGGAUCUGAAUCUCUGUGGCGUCGCCGCUACGUGCGACGACGAAAUAAACAGUCGUGAAAUGGCGGAGGCCGCGCCCGACGAGGAGACAGCGACCCUGAAGAGCUCGCAAGAAGAGAUGAAUGCGAAUGAGAAUAACGAAACGCAACCAGGAACUAAGAUCGCAUUGACCAGCUCGGUCAGAACACAACCAGCUCAGAGCGCACUCGUGGAUGGUACCAUUGAGGGUCACAAGAAAGAGAAUGAAGAACAAACAAAGGUCGAGUGCACGGGCGAUUAUUGCGAGAAAGAGCUAGCAUGCAGCAACAAACAGACGAAGACAACGUCGACAGUGAAGACUCAGGAUUACUCUAAUUGCGUGUUAGACGUGACGAUGAUGACGGGAAACGACAUCGACGAGGCCAUCAAGCAGUUCAAGCGUGAAGUAGAAGAAGCGACCGCGGCUGGUGUGACAAACGCCGCCAUUUUGGCAUUGGAGACGAUCCAACGAACGCCGUCCGGUCGACUAAGAAGAAGAGUAAAGAACAACGCUAGCUACGAGUUGGCACAGCAAUUCGAAGUGGACGAAAGAAAUUUUCAGAAGAAGCUUAACGAUGAAGAGCUCAAUAUGACCAAUUCUCCUGGAAGAAAGCGAGUGUUGAACAACGCCAGCUACGAGUUGGCGCAGCAAUGUGACUACGUCAAGGCGUUGCAGAGCUCAAGAGCAGCGUUCCAUCGUAUGGAUGCUUGCGACGAACUCGAAGAAGCUGCUUCUAAACGCUCUUCGGGAUUGAAUAUUGCCGAUUCGACGCGCCCAACGGACUAUAACAUGAGCGAAGAUCCGUCGUACCCCAAGCCGAAGGAGCAACAAAAUGACUCAUUCUUCGGUCAGAUAAAAAAAAACUCGGAUCCAUUUUCGGCCUGUGGCGAUGCUAGAGCAUUGAGUCCGCAGCUGCUAGACGACGAAGUAGAUUAUCCCUGCUUGGAAACCAAACCCAUAGAAGCGUCCUGUUUGCGUGAAAGGGUCGUCUUACGCGAAAAGGAAUCGGAGAAACCGACUUAUUCAGAAAAUAUUCUUGAAAAUUCCGCGAUUGUGUUCCCACAUAUUGACGAAGAAUCUCACAACAGCCUUGAAGAAGAGUUCGAAUACACAAAGAAGAGCUUACGCGUCGAGUUGUCGGUAGAACAAACGAUGCAGCUUCCACAGCAGCAUUAUCCGGAGAACGGGAGCAAAAAUCAAAAAUAUAAUAAGGAGAAGUUGAAAAGUACGUCAAAGCAGGACUGCGAACCGCGUUCUUGCAGUCCUAGUUCGAACGAGCAUACCGCUGGUGAACGUCUGUGGAGAGUCGUGAUCGAGAAGCAAGAGCCAGCACAGAAGGAAGAAGAGGUGGAGAAGAAGAAGGACGAGGUGGCAGAGAAGAGCGAGCGAGAGAAAGAAACACAUAAUGUUCACGGUGUUGGCUUCGAGUCCCCACCCGGCGAUCCGGGUUCACUCGGUGAAUGUAGUAGUGGGAAGCCCGCAGUGGCCGCGGCGGCAGUUGAUACGAAUCAUCGCGGUGGUGAUCGCGACAAACGUCAGGGCAACGAGCAGCGCGCGCAAAGCAUCAGCAAAGAGAACACGUCUAUUGCGAUUGCAAAACAGUUAUCGUUUGUUGCUUCAAAAAAGGAGCCUGUUAAGACUUUCACGGUGUCCUCGACGUCCUUGUCUUCUUCGUCCUCUGUCGCUAUGAAGAGCGAAGAGAGGAAAAAAGGCGGUUUGGGCGGUUUUCUGCAAAGGUUUUCCAGACUCAGGUUUAGCGGCAGAAUGAAGUUGCCGCGUUCGGAAGCGCAAAAGAAGGUCGUCGAGCCGACGACGAAAACGCAGGAAGAGCAACAGUCGGCCAUUGCCAAGAAGAAGGAGCCGGAAUACAUUAUCAUACCGCUGCAUCCUCCUGAGGAAGAGAGGAUACGUCAACAUGAGAUCGUUACUCUCGAAGAAGCUGCUAGGAAGAACAAUGUGGACAUUCAGAGAAGCGCAUCCAAUGUUAGCAGCAACGGGAGGGCGCCAGUGUCCAGUAAGCCGCCUUUACCGCCGCAACCGCCGCGCGUCGCUGCUCUGAGCACGACGACGCGAGCGNAUCUUGGCAACCCGGCGGCGAUCGAGAUGGCGAAGGCCCGCGCGAUGCAGGCCGCCCAGGAACGUCCGGUCGGCCUGCUCGAGACCGAUCUGGACGAAGCGGUGAUCAGCACUACGUGCACCGUAAUCGGUGCAACGACAACCGCUGCCUCCGCAGUCGCUGCCUCCGCCACCGCCGCCGGCGCCGGCGGCAAAAAGACCCGCAGCCUGCUCGAUCUCAACCACACCUCGGCGGCGGCGCCGCGGCCGCGGCCCGAGCACGCCCUCCACGUACCCCAGUCGCCCGUCGGCGCUACGCACAGGAGUCCCCGCGACGACGUCACGUCCGCCGCAACGUCCGCCAUCCACCAGCGGCCCCACAAAUCCAUGGAGUUCCUUCUUGACAAGGAAAAUCUGCACUUUGUCAAGUUUCCAUUUUUUACAUUAGCUUACAAAUCAAUCGCGCUGUAA